GUCUCUAUUUCACACACCAUCAUAAUGUGUUUUGUGUCUUGUCUCGCUUUGUCUGUUGCCCGACUGCGCUCACUCUUCUUUCUCAACACUACAACACCGUGAACGAGCGAGCGAUGCUCUCGUCGCUCUCCAACCUCCUCCCUUCGACGCUCAGCACGCUCAACAGGGCGCCGACGCCGACGCCGACACCUGUGCCAACGUCAGUGAUCCGGGCGGACGCGGACCAGGUCGACGAUGCCGACGGCGCUGAGGUCAAGUCCGAAGUCAAGGUGGAGGAUCCCGGAGCGUCUAAACAGAGGAAAAUCAAGUAUCCGAAUGAGACCUUCAUCUUUGUGCGACCGCCACCAGCAAAAAACAACCACCCUCUCAAUCUACAAGUCCAACUGGUCCCUCCAAACACCCGCGCGCCGUCCGGACUGACCAGUGCUUCGCGGCAGUCGCUCGAUCUGGGCCAGCCGCCCAGCUCUUCGCCGAUCAAUGUGCCAGUCUCCGCGGGGGCGACUUCUCAAUACGACGCCGGCAUGCCGCUGUCCAGAUCGCCGUCGAACAGAUCUAUCGCCUCGUCCACGUACUCGUCCGUCAGCACUAGUUCUGUCUCCUCGAGCAUCAGCAGCCGGCGGAUGAUAGUCCCGCUGUACAGUCUGCAAGCGCACAAUGUCAUGACGAACACGAUCGUCGACGCGGGCACGGACGCCAAGAUCGCGCGAUUUGGGAGGCGUGGGAUAGAGAUGCUGGAUCUCGCCAUGCUAGAGCCGAUCGAGGUUUAUGGCGGUGAGCUAGGUGUGGCUCCGAGUCGGAAUAUUGGGAAGCGAUCGAGUGUGAUGAGCAAUGCCAGCAAUGGACUGCUCUCCCCACCGCUACAGCGCAGUCGACCGGCGACUCCAGAACACCCUGCGUCGUCUCAGGCAUCGCUUGUCUCGAGCAGCGCGCAUUCCUUUUCCAUCCCUGAACCCCCGAGCGACAAUCCGCCAACUCCAACGCCGCAGAAGCGUUUUGGGUUGGGUAAGCUUUUCAAGCGCAAAGAGGACGGCGAGGAUGGACCAAUAACGCCGACGAAAUCCAAGAGCCGAUUUGGAACAGGGUUGCUUCGGUCUCCAGCCGUUUCGUCGUCGACGAAUGCGCUCCCAGUCGCCUCGCCGCGAACGUCGAUGAGCAGCAACCAGGAGAUGCCAUCCGAAAACAUACCCGCGCCUCAGCCGACACAGGCCACGGCGCGUGCGCUGAUCCUCGGUGUCCUCCCGACACAGUCAUCCCCGGUCCAUCCUCCCAAAGGCCGGCCGGGACUUUAUGUGUGGGUCGUCCGAAAAUGGCUCAAAAGCGACGGGACGGGGCUGUUGUCCGUGGCCAAAGGGAUGGUCAAGGGAUUCGAGCCGGGGAUCACGAACGACGUCGAGGUGCGCUUCGAGUGGAAGCGCGGGAAGCCCAGGCGUCGCGCGAAAGACUCCAAGGCAGGCACAGACGAGGCGAACAGCCAGCGAGAACGCUCUAAUAAAGGCCCGCCAGGCUCCCCAGCGUCUAAGCGCCUCAGUCUCACUGCCCUGUCGCGCCAGAGCAGCUCGAGUUUGAAUCCAGCCUCGGAGGACAGCUCGGCUGUCAAAAACGACCGGCGUCGGUCGCUGGUGCUGCACCAGGACGACCAGCGGGACGAUUCGGGCGACGAGAGCGAUCCGGAGGACUCGGAGGUGCCCUGGACGUGCACCGUCAAGGUGCGCCGCAUCGGGCCGCAUCCUGGCCCUCGUGAGCCCCAUCCUCGAGAUCCGAGCGGCGAGAACGCCGAGGUCUUGCGUAUCAAGGUUGGGACGAUGUCGCCGACACCCCAUCACCCCAAGGUCGUCGGCAUGCUCAAGGUGCCGUUCCCGCUACCAGAUGUCGACGUGGAGCAUAUAGCUGUGCGAAAGCGGGAGUCGGGGCAGGGGCCGUUGGGCACUACUCAGAAACCUGGACACGGUCUGAUAUUGACAGCCGAAGAGAUCAAGGACGUGAUAUGCAGCACCGGGCUCUGGCUCGUCGUGCGCGAAAAUUUCGGCGGGGUCGGGAAAGUCAGUCGAAAAGGAGAUGGAUGGAGGAUCCGGGGAUGACUAAAACUCGUUGCUUUUUUCAUGCGUGGUAUUGGGAUAGAGACCGUGUAUUGCAUGAGUAAACGAAGUGAUACAGCUGGUUUGGCCUGUGAUUUGUUUCCCCGGCGAUAUCAGAUUUGAUUGUGAGAUGCAUUGUUAUCCUCCCAUUCAUAAUACUGCUGAGACGACGCGCUGGGAACUGCCGAUCCAAUGGGCCAUUGAAUUAAAG